ACAUAAGCACAGUAUUUGUGAAAAUUAUGAAAACACGUGAACGUUUUUUGAUUGAGUCCACUUUCACGCCAAAGAAAAAAAUAAAAAAUACUUAUUAACGCAUACAACAAGCUAUUGAAACAGACAGUUACAGUUAAUUAAACGCACGUUUGUCGAAGGACCAUCAAAGGGAACUCUGAGAUAAUCAAAGGUAUUCCAAUCCAAGCAAUCGGAGAAGGGUAGCCUGGAGCUGGAUUUUUUACUGUUUCUACUGCAUGGAAAUCUGUGUCAGUGCAUAGACAUACAUAUAUUGAAUAUAUACACUGAAUACUAAUCGAAGAAAGGAGCAAACUCAAGCAAGUUAAUUUACCGGAAAAUAACUCUCGUUUUGGGCAUGGGUUCGAACCAGCAGCUCAAGGACUACAUCGUCGCUGAAUUCAUCGCGAGUCUGGAACCGAACGGUGAGGGCCGCGUGGCGUCCCGGGAUCUCGAUGCCUGUCUGAACAUCCUGAUGAGCCGUCGCCGGUAUGUGAAUCGAUUCACCUUGCCGCCACACCGCACUCGGGAUACAGAGCAUACAAACAACCCAGCCGGCCAGCAGGCUCCUCCGAUCUUGAUGGCCCCGGGCCAGCGGAACCAGGGAGGCGGCGAUCGGGUCGUAUUUAAUAUGGAGAACCUGGUGCCUUACGUGCCGCAGCAUCAGCUGAUUGCACGCAUCGGAGGCGGCGAUGCCGAGCUCCCACCACUGGGCGGUGUCCAAUACUUUCGUGGCAACAAUGAGGCCGCUGGCGACUUGAUUCUGCGCCAUCGGGCUGCCAUGAAUCUGAACUUCGUUUUUCGCGGCAUCAGGGGUGGCGCGGUCCGCGCUGUGGCCGGCAGAGGACAGCUUCGCGGGAUCAGACGCUUUCAGGCGGGAGACGGAUUGAAUGGAGAAGAUGCUGGUGCUGCUGAUGCUGCUGCAGGUUCCGGCGAUGGCCCUGGAGUGGGCCCAAAUGUCGUCCACUUGGGAGAGGGCGAUGGCCCACGCGGCAUGUUUCCCAAUUUCCAACAGGCCCAGCUCCGGCUCCCUGCCCACGCUGGUGAUGGGGAUGGACCCCACAUUCAGCAGGUCCAGGUUGUCCAACUGGGUGAUUUGCCGGGCGAUGGCGAAGGACCCAUCAUCGCUGGCCAGUUCCGCGGCCCGGCAAGGCGUCGGCCCAGACAUCGUCAUAUUUUCAACUUUGUCGGACAAUUCCUUCGGGACAUUCAUCGCCGUCGAUUCUUCAUUGAAAACGUCCGUGCACAGAUCAUUCCAGUGGCUGUGGCCUUCAGACCCCAGCACCAUGUACCCCAAGCGGUAGCCCAAGACGGACAACGCCACGAACAGGAACCUGUCGAGGCCCCCGAAGGCGGGCUCGAAGGCGAGGAUGGAUUAAUCGCUAACCACGGUGGCGGGCAGGACUCUCAGCGUGACCACGGCAACGGAGAUGCCCCCGGAAACGGACACGGCCUCGAUCGGCACUUCCGACAGGCUGCCGAAGAUAUCUGGGAGCCUUUGGAAAUGAACGGCGACAACCACGAUGACAACGACGACAACGCACAGGCCUUGCAGCAGGGCAGCGGCGACAACAAUGAAAUUGGACAAAUGAUGGACAUACAGCAGCCAAUACAGGCGGUACCAGGACCAUUUUUGGCUCUACAAGAUCCCCCUCUAGUGAUCCCCCUGGAUCGCAUCAGGGACGUAUUGGUUCAAAUACAGGAGCGUCUGGCAACCAUUGUGCAGCAUGUAGACAACUACGAGAAGAUCAUACUUCAAGGCCAACACCAGGACGAGGAUGGGGGCGGCGAUGCUGACGGCGGUGGCGAUGCCGCCUAGCGAGGGGGUGGUAGUCCCCGACAGUGGCCCAGCCAGAGGCAGACAGCGGUGCACACAGAGGCCGCAUCGCGUCAAAGGGGGAGGAACUGUUCUCUGGCGACACCAAAAACCUUUCAAUCAUCUCUCCCCCUCCGUAUUUGUUGGCUUGUGGCGUUACUGUCCCGCUCGUGUUGAAUACUUUGAUUGCAUCCAUUUAUAUUUUGACAAAAACAAUCAAAAUUACGCGUGUUGUACCUUAACGCACAGAUCCUUAAGAAUAAAUGUAAUGCGAUCCAACAUAA